GCAUGUUUCAAAUUUGGUUGUUUCUUAAUCAUGGUGAAUUCAGGUUUGUAGGCCCGCAUGGGGAUCAUGAGUCAUCACCUCCCUGAUGGUUUGGUCAGACAGUGGGCAUAAAUGAUGACUUUAGAAUCUUGACUGCUUAAAACUUUUUGCUCCAUUUUCUCUCCCAAUGUCUGGCCAAUUGAUUACAUCUCCCGAUGGUACUCGCAUUUGGGCUGAUGCUACAGGCACCCCAGGAAAGCCUCCCGUCGUCUUCAUUCACGGUUUUCUUGGCUCAGGCCUGAACUGGAUUAAGCAGUUCAAUGACAAGCUAUUAUUGGACAAGUUGUAUAUGAUCAAAUACGAGACUCGUGGACACGGUCGUAGCGACCAGCCGGAAUCAGAGGACGCCUACGCUUCUGCCAAACACGCGGAAGACUUCCAGGCAGUGUGCGCCGCUUUCGAUGUCACGAAACCGGUUAUAGUAAGCUGGUCGCUUGGGGGUGUCGUCGUACCCGAAAUCCUGUCUCGAUACGGCACGCACCCCGUUCCAGUGGCUGGGCAUGUCAUGCUCAACGCCUUACCCUGGAUUUCUAUGUCGCGGGAGAUCGCCAAACCCUAUAACGCUACCAUCAUCUCUUCGAUCCGGUCUCCCCAUACCACCGAAUUCCAUAAUGCGCUGAAAGAAUUUAUCGGGGCUUUUGUCGCUCCUGGAAAUUCAGUUUCUUUCGAAGAUCAAUGCGCGUGGAUAGGCAGUGCAGCGGGCAUGAAUAUUGCUGCACGGACAUUUUCGCUCUCACGGGAGCAAGAUGAAACUGCCUUGCUCUCUGUUGCUAAUGAGUUGCCGAUACUCUGUAUCCAAGGUACAGAAGACGUGCUGGUAGAUGUGGAGAAACAUGAAGAGUUUAUGAAGAAACAUUUUGGAAACAAUUUGGACUAUCGACGACUUCCCGGAGCGGGCCAUGCGCCUUUCUAUGAGUUCCCUGAAGUUGUGAACCCAAUGAUUAUACACUUUGCUGAACGCAUGUAUGAUAGCGCGUACUAG